UCUUGCUCAGCUCCUCUGCUGAGGAAGUAGGAAGUUGUCUCUAGUGUUGUACCUUGUGCUCCGUUGUGGGGAGAGCGUGAGUGAGCUCGGCAGCUACACCAUGGUGAGCAAGGGACUGUUGUGUCUUGACUGGGUGGAGCAGCCUGCUACGGUGAUAGAGGGGCCAUUGUCCCCAGACUGGGUGGAGCAGCCAGCCACGGUCUGGAAAUGUGUUCUCAUGUUCUAAUAUAUUCACUGGAUAUGUUGAGAAUGCCUCAUCAGAAAAUCUGAAAUCCUGUCAAAAUGUUGAAAAGCCUUAUGGAUGAUACAAGCUUAGCUGGUAAAGUCUAAAGAGACACCCCAAACAUCAAAAGACUUUCUAGACAGUGAGACAUGUCUGCUCCUGGCAGCACCAGAUUUGCUUCAGAGAGGAGGAUGGGCAUCGAAGACACUCCAUAUGGAGUUUAUCUUCACCGUGGCAAAAAUAGCCAUUUGGACAAGAAACUGUUCUUGCCUGGACUGCUUGAUCGACUGGACAUACAGGACCCAUGGGAAGGUGACCACUGAACUUUGCUUGGUGAAAUGGUCCUUCAGAUUCCUGCUUCACAGAGGAAACUGCCAGACAUUCUACAGGACACAGAGAGAAAUGACUGAGAGACUCUGGUCCUGUGGGCUGAAGACAGAUGCCCCAACUUUACAAAAGAACUUUGGAUGACUGUCCAGGCUGCCAGCUGUCUCUGUCUACUCUCACAAGACUCUUGAAAGUUGCUUGCAUACUUCUUCCAUUUCUCAGAGGGUAUCAUUCUCUUUCCCAGGAUGGCAGUAUUCAUGACAUUAAUGCUGCCUGCACCAUCUGAGCCACUGGAUUCCAGAAUGCAGUGACCUAUGAAGAUGUGCAUGUCAACUUCACUCAGGAAGAGUGGACAUUGCUGAAUUCUUCCCAGAAGAAUCUCUACAAAGAUGUGAUGCUGGAGACCUACAGGAACCUCACUAUUAUAGGAUACAGUUGGGAAGCCCAUAAUAUUGAAGAACAUUAUCAAAGUUCUAGAAGACAUGAAAGGCAUGAAAGAAGUCAUAUGCAAGAGAAACCUUCUGAAUAUAGUCAAUGUGUUAAAGCUUUUGCAUAUCAUAGUCAUCUUCCAAGGCAUGGAAGAACACAUACUGGAGAGAAACCCUGUGAAUGUAAUCAAUGUGGUAAAGCCUUUGCACACAAGAGUAGUCUCCAAGUCCAUAAAAGAACUCACACUGGAGAGAAACCCUAUGAAUGUAAUCAGUGUGGUAAAACCUUUGCAUGUGACAGUAAUCUCCGAGUACAUAAAAGAAUACAUACUGGAGAGAAACCCUAUGAAUGUGAUGAAUGUGGUAAAGCCUUUGCACGCCUUAGUAAUCUACAAAUACAUAACAGAACACAUACUGGAGAGAAACCUUAUGAAUGUAAUCAAUGUGGUAAAGCCUUUGCACGUCUUAGUCAUCUUGAAAUCCAUAAAAGAACACAUACUGGAGAGAAACCCUAUGAAUGUAAUCAAUGUGGCAAAACAUUUACCCGUCCCAGUAGUGUUCAAAUGCAUAAAAGAACACAUACUGGAGAGAAACCCUAUGAAUGUAAUCAGUGUGGUAAAGCCUUUGCUUGCCACAGUAGUCUCCGAAUACAUAAAAGAACACAUACUGGAGAGAAACCCUACGAAUGCAAUCAGUGUGGUAAAGCCUUUACACAUCAUAGUCAUCUUCAAGUGCAUAAAAGAACACAUACUGGAGAGAAACCUUAUGAAUGUAAACAGUGUGGUAAAGCCUUUAAGCAUCACAAUCAUCUUCAAAUGCAUAAAAGAACACAUACUGGAGAAAAACCCUAUGAAUGUAAUCAAUGUGGUAAAGCCUUUGCAUAUCACAGUAGUCUUCGAAUACAUAGACAAACACACACUGGAGAGAAAUCCUAUGAAUGUAAUCACUGUGGUAAUGCCUUUGCACAUCUUAGUACUCUUCAAAGGCAUGAAAGAACACAUACUGGAGAGAAACCCUAUGAAUGUAAUCAAUGUGGUAAAGCCUUUGCACGUCAUAGUCAUCUUCAAAGUCAUGAAAGAAUACAUACUGGAGAGAAACCCUAUGAAUGUAAUCAGUGUGGUAAAGCCUUUGUAUGUCAUAGUCAUCUUCAAAGGCAUAAAAGAACACAUACUGGAGAGAAACCCUAUGAAUGCAAUCAGUGUGAUAAAACCUUUGCAUGUAUCAGUAGUCUUCGAAAUCAUGAGAAAAAAUCAUACUGCAGAGAAACUCUAUAAAAGUAGUCAGUGUGGUAAAGUUUUGCACUUUAUACAUGAAUAAAACUUUGUGUGCAAUCAAUCUGUUAAAGACUUUGCAUAUUACAGUAGCCUUUGAGUGCCUAAAAAACUAAUACUGAAGAGCUCCUUAUUAUAAAGUAUUUGGUAAGAUGUUAGCCAAAACACUUACAUUCAGUUGCACAAGAGUAUUUAUUCUGGAGAAGAAAAAUUGACAGUGUCAACAAUCUGUUCAAGCAUUAUAUCUGUCUUUGUUUUGUUUGUACCUACAAACUCAUGUGAACAAAAGCCCUUUGAAUUUAAACAGUAAGACAACCCUUUUAGAUUUCAUACUUCUUCAAUUACAUGAAAUAGCUAAUUCAGAUGUAAAACUUUAUGGAUGUGUAUUAGUGCCUUUUCUGUUUUUGUAAUAUAAUGUCUAUGUCAACUUAUAAAUGAGUUUAAUUUGGCCCUUGGUUCCAGAGGUGUACAGGAUAUCCAUGAAAGUGGCAUGGCAACAAGUGUCGGACAUGGCAGCUAAAGCAAGAGGCUAAGAACUCAGAUCCCUAAUCUGCAGCAUGAAGCAGAGUGGAAAUGGAAAUGAUGCAUGGAUAUAAAUUCUCAGAGCACUACCCCCAGUGACAUAUUUCCUCCAGCAGUGCAGUAUUUCCUAAAUCUUCCUAAAUGAUACCACCAACUGAGAAGGAUUGGUUUCUCUGACUUCAAGACUACACACUUGCUUUCUGUUAUAUGAACGAACUCAUGAUAAAGAAAAAAUCUGCAAGUAAGCCUUUAGAUGCCUCAACACCUGUCUUACAGGAAUUAAUGCUUACAAAAGACAACCUUUCAUGAGUGAAAACUUGUUUGUUUAAAGAUUUGUUUUCAUUUUAAUUGCAUGAUAUCAGUGUGUAUUUGUAUGUGCAUGUGUAUGCUGGUUCCCAAGGUUAGACCCUUGGAUCAUCUUAUAGCAGGAAUUACAGAAAGUUGUCAAAUACCAAACCUUCGUCCUAAAAAUGAAUUUUUCUUAACUGCUCAGCCAUAUAUCUAGUCCUAUAAAUAUUUUAAAGCCUAUUUACAUCAUUUUGAAGUCAGGAAAUAGGGAAGAACUCAUACAAGAGAAAAUCCCUAUUCAUGUAAAUGAUUUGGUAAAGACUUUAUACAUCACAGUUGUCUUUAAGUCCAAGAAAAAAAUCUUGUUUCAUUUUCAUCAUAUCCUUGAAGGAAGUAAAUUACUUACCAUGUGGUUUCUAUUUUGAAACAUUUGAUGUAGAUACUAAAGUGUGUUAUAUGUAUGGUUAGUGACCUUUAUUUUUUGGUCCUUAUAUUUCUCAUGUGACUUUUGUUGUUCUUCUAUUGUGCUUUUACUUAGUGAUAGGUAGUUUUCUGCUGCAAUGUAUAGAAUGGAAUGCCCAUCAUGUAAGUAAUCAUUGUUUAUUUAAAUAUCAGGCAGUAUGUGAACAUAUUGUCAAGGAAAGGAUGUCUGUGAAAUGGUCAUAGGUUGCUGUUCCUGGUUUUGUUUUCCAUAUUUUCACAAAUUCCCUUGAAAUUUUGUUGUUUGUUAUUCAGUGUUCCUUGGAUGUAGUAAUUAUUCAGGAAUACAUUUGAACUUAUGAUCCUUAUGUGUUAACCUUCUGAGUACAAGUCCAAGAGUAGGUGAUGUAGUCUCAAUAUUUGCUGUUUUGUCAAUGCAAUUUAACAUUGUUAAUGUUAAAAUGUUUAUAGAAGAGAAUAAAAGAAACAUUAAAUAACUCAUGUAUAUUCAGAGCAGUAUUUUUAUUUAUCUGGUAGAGAUGUAAUAAAGUGAGAUAAUCAGCAAUCAA